ACCGGGGGAACUGGACAGGCAAGCUGGACUUCCUGCUGUCCUGCAUCGGCUACUGUGUAGGCCUGGGGAACGUCUGGCGUUUCCCCUAUCGAGCCUACACCAACGGAGGAGUCCCCUCCUUCCUGUCUCAUCCCCAGCAUGGAUACACACUCGGUUCUCUUGACAAGCCCUGGCGCUUCCUGGGCCGUGAGUGAUGGGCAGAGGGGGCUGCCUCUGCUUGGUGAUGAAGGGCUGUGUGUGCCUGUCAGUGAUCGCUGUGCUCUCAGUCUUCUCCCCGACCCUCCUCUCCCACCUCACCUCCUCCGGAACCUCGCUCCUUCAAUCAGUCAUUCCUGCUCUUGAAUCUUCAAUCUAGCCUCCUCUCUUGUUCCUUCCAUUCACGCUGCAAGCCCAGCAUCUCUUUCAUCUUAAACAAAUUCUCUGUCCCUGCCUCUCCAUCAAGUGGCUGUUCUAAGUCUCAUUAACAAUAGCUGGGGUUAGCACUCACCAUCGGCCAGGCCCCAGGCUCAGUGCUCUCCAGGCCUGUCUCAUUUAACCCUGAUGACAACCACCUGGGUGGGCACCAUCUUGAUGAGGCCGCAGUGCUUGGAGAGGCCAAGUUCCUUGCCCAAGGUCACACGAUGGGGAUCCACCAUUCCACCCCAGGGCUAUCGUCUCCAGAGCCAAUGUGCUCCCACCAGCACUGUGUCUCCUCCCAACUCUACCAAACUCCUUAAAGAAGCGCAUAUUGGCAGAGCGACAGAAAUCCAAGUAGAACUAGAUGAAGCAAGGACGAGAUGAAUUGGGAUGACUGGGAAGUGUGGGACGAGUGCCGACCUCCAAAGCUCCAGGAACUCAGGGAUGUCCAUAGUUGUCUCUGUCCUCCCUCUCCCUGGUUCUGAUGCUUCUUCCCUCUCUGUGUGCUGACCUCCUUUUUCCCUGGACCAGGCUUCCUCCUUACAGGUGGGUCGGGGGUGGCCACAGACAGCUCUGGAAUGACUUCCUUCCCAGCACUGCUCUCUCUGAAUGAAUCUAUAUAGAAUUGCAGGGAAGGUAUCUAAUUGGCCUGCCUUGGGAUAUGUGCCCAGGAAGGGGUGGGCAGGGGUUGGCUGGUGUAACUGGCAGCACUUCCAGAGCCAUAUGGUGGUGGGCAGUCCUGUAAAGGAGCUGGCUGCUGACAUGAGAAGAAAAGGGGAAGGGAUGCUGGGCACACGGGACCACAGGAGGCAGACACAAGCCUCUGAGGUGGGGCUGGGGAGAGGGGAGAGGCAGUAGACUGGAGCCAUGUUCUGCAGGGCAUCGAUUUCUGUACUGACGGUUUGUACUUCCUCUGGCGGGGAAUGCACUUAUUCAUUCACUCAUUUGUUCAUUCAUUCACUCAAUGUCUGCUCUGAGCCCAGUCCUGGCCUGGGCGCCGGGGCUACAGAGGUGAGUAAAUCCCGCCCCCCCCCCCCCCCCCCCCACCCCGACCCCUUGGCCCUCAGUGAUCUCCUAGCAUAAGAGAAGACAGUCUUGUAGUGCCCAGCCCUAAUCCACGUGAGAAGUGGUGGUGUCUGCCAGUCAGGGGAGGGGUGGGGCGGGGCUAGAGCUGGGCUUUAGGGGAGGUCCAGCCCCAGACCCUCCCCGCCCUCCCUUCUCCUCCUCGCAGGCGCCUUCCUUGUGCCCUACUUCCUCAUGCUGGCCAUCUGCGGCAUCCCCCUCUUCUUCCUCGAGCUCUCUCUGGGCCAGUUCUCCAGCCUGGGACCCCUGGCUGUCUGGAAAAUCAGCCCCCUCUUCAAAGGUGCCGGCGCGGCCAUGCUGCUCAUCGUGGGCCUGGUGGCCAUCUACUACAACAUGAUCAUCGCCUACGUCCUCUUCUACCUCUUCGCCUCCCUCACCAGCAACCUGCCCUGGGAGCACUGUGGCAACUGGUGGAACACGGACCUCUGCCUCGAGCAUAGAGGCUCCAAGGACGGCAACGGGGCCCUGCCCCUCAACCUCACCAGCACCGUCAGCCCCAGCGAGGAGUACUGGAGCCGCUACGUCCUCCACAUCCAAGGCAGCCGGGGCAUCGGAAGUCCUGGGCAGAUCCGCUGGAACCUCUGCCUUUGCCUGCUGCUUGCCUGGGUCAUCGUGUUCCUCUGUAUCCUCAAGGGUGUGAAGUCCUCGGGCAAGGUGGUGUAUUUCACGGCCACGUUCCCCUACCUCAUCCUGCUCAUGCUGCUGGUCCGUGGAGUCACCCUCCCAGGGGCCUGGAAGGGCAUCCAGUUCUAUCUCACCCCUCAGUUCCACCACCUGUUGUCUUCCAAGGUGUGGAUCGAAGCUGCUCUUCAGAUCUUCUACUCCCUGGGUGUGGGCUUCGGGGGGCUCCUCACCUUUGCAUCCUACAACACGUUUCACCAGAACAUCUAUAGAGACACCUUCAUCGUCACCCUGGGCAACGCCAUCACCAGCAUCCUGGCUGGCUUUGCCAUCUUCUCCGUGCUGGGCUACAUGUCUCAGGAGCUGGGUGUGCCUGUGGACCAAGUAGCCAAAGCAGGCCCUGGCCUGGCCUUUGUCGUCUAUCCACAGGCCAUGACCAUGCUGCCUCUAUCGCCUUUCUGGUCCUUCCUCUUCUUCUUCAUGCUGCUGACUCUUGGCUUGGACAGCCAGUUUGCCUUCCUGGAGACCAUUGUGACAGCUGUUACAGAUGAGUUCCCGUAUUACCUGCGGCCCAAGAAGGCUGUGUUCUCAGGGCUCAUCUGUGUGGCCAUGUACCUGAUGGGGCUGGUCCUCACCACGGAUGGGGGCAUGUACUGGCUGGUCCUUCUGGACGACUACAGCGCCAGCUUCGGGCUAAUGGUGGCGGUGAUCACCACGUGCCUCGCUGUCACCCGGGUGUAUGGCAUCCAGAGGUUCUGCCGGGAUAUCCACAUGAUGCUGGGCUUCAAGCCGGGCCUCUACUUCAGGGCCUGCUGGCUGUUCCUGUCCCCGGCCACACUCCUGGCCCUGCUGGUGUAUAGCAUCGUCAAGUACCAGCCCUCAGAAUAUGGUAGCUACCGCUUCCCAGCCUGGGCGGAGCUGCUGGGCAUCCUGAUGGGCCUGCUGUCCUGCCUCAUGAUCCCAGCCGGCAUGCUGGUGGCUGUGCUUCGAGAGGAGGGCUCGCUCUGGGAGCGGCUCCAGCAGGCCAGCCGGCCAGCCCUAGAUUGGGGCCCGUCACUGGAGGAGAACCGGACAGGCAUGUACGUGGCCACGCUGGCCGGGAGCCAGUCCCCCAAGCCACUGAUGGUGCACAUGCGCAAGUACGGGGGCAUCACCAGCUUCGAGAACACAGCCAUCGAGGUGGACCGAGAGAUUGCAGAGGAGGAGGAAUCCAUGAUGUGAGAUGGGAAGCAGGCAGACAGGAGGCCCUGCCGGCUCCCAAGGGUUGCCACACCCCCUCUGGGGUUCUGAGAGGCCUGAGGCUGCGGGAGGUUGCCAUGGUGAUGCCGGUCCCCAGAGCAAGUCCCUUUUUGUGGCCUCUGCCUCUCCUAAAACCUCUGUCUACUCCCAACACACACGCACACGCACACACAAACGCACAUGCACACACUCAAAGCUGAAAAUGAGCCAGCUCAGCUCUUACUUCACAGAUGGACAGACUGAGGCCCAAGGUCACAUGACAGAAGGGACUGGACCCCCAGGCCUCCUGACCGGCCAGCUCCCUUUCUCAUGUGGCAGCUGGGACCACCCUCUCAUCUCUGUUCAGGGCCCAGUCCCUUCUCUUCUCUUGAGAAGCCUGCCCCAUACACUUCACCGAAUCAGAAUCUUGAGCUGGGCAAGGACACUCAGGUUGUCUCGAGGCCCACGAGGCCCCGGGCAUCAAGGGUUAUCAAGUCAAGUGGGAGAAAGAUCCCUGUGGGUUCACGUGUGCAGGCCAGGUUUCCUGAAGGAGGUGGGACCUGAGGGCCCUGGAGGAUGGGCAAGUUUGGAGAGAGAGAGAAGAGGACGGCGGGGUGGGGAGGGCCUCUGGCCAAGGCGUUGAUCCAGCCAAGGUGUGGGGGUCAGAAUAUAGCCCCCUUCUCCUCCCCUGGGGCCAGGAGGUGGCCUAGGGAGAGACCAAGGCCAAGGGUGAGGGAGCGAGGAGAGCGGGAGAGUGGUGGGAGAAGCAGGGGUUACCAGCUUACAACAGGAUUCAAGUGGGAAUGCAGAUUGUUGGAGAGGGUGAGCCAGGGACGCAGGCGGGCAGGGGCUUUGCAGGAUCAUGUGCUUUCGAUAGAAUAUCCUUCUGGCUCAGUGUGCAAGGUGGAAUAGAGGGGAUGGGGUAGAGGCGGGAAGCCUGCAGAGGAGAGACCAGAGGGGCUAGUGCCUGAGCUUGGGUAUUAGGAGGGUGGAGGGAGGGAAAGAAGGAGGACCCCAGAGCUUCCCUCUCUGGACCCCAUGCCCUCUAGUGUGGGGAGCCCUGGGCAUGAUUAGAACCAGUGAAAGGAGGGAGGUGCCUGACCUGCACUGUGGAGGUGGGAACGAGGGGUCAUAGUCAGGACCCAGGGCCCCUCUCUUCCCUUCUCCCUUGUCCUGGCGGCCCUCACUGUUUCCUCUAGCUCCAGGCACUGCUGGGGAAUGGGCCUUGGCUGUGGACGACCAGGCCACUAAGAGCCUUGGGAGGUGGUCCACACAUAUGGCUGUCUGGUCCCAGUGCUGCCAACUCUGCCUCAGCACACGGGUCCCUGGGCACGGACACCCGAGUGGAGGCAGAGAGCGGGCGGCACCCCAGGCCUGUAGCCAGAGACCUUGGCAUCUUCAAUCCCCAGGCUUGGGAGGGGCUGCCCUGGGGUCCCUCCUUCCCUGAGAGAUGAGGGUGGGGUGAGAAAACGCCUGAUCAGGUCCCUUGCACAUGGCAUCCUCCAGUGGGGCAGGGUGGCCUGGUGCAUCUGUGCCAACCCCUGUGCCCUCUCUGCUGGUGUUUCCCCAACCCAUCUGUGUUCUGUUAAUAAACACCAAUGAAGUCA